AUGGCCACCACCAGCGUUCCCCCCUCUAUCACCCCCAUCCCCUCCCACCUCAACAACCAGCAAACGCACCUCUACUACCUCCGUGCAUGCCUCUCCCUCUCCCAACAAUCCCCCCCAAAACCCACAAACUUCCGCGUCGGCGCAAUCCUCCUCUCCCGAAUGCCCACCACAAUCCCCACUAAUCCUCCCAACCAACUGCAAUCCCACACCCCACCAACCACAUACACAGACACUAUCCUCUCAACAGGCUACACCCUCGAGCUAUCCGGAAACACCCACGCCGAGCAAUGCGCAUUAGCAAAAUACGCCGCUCGCCAUGGUGUUAGCGAGGAGCACGUGGGUGACGUUUUACCCCCUCCACCUACGUCCGCAUCAUCGCAAUUCCAAACCACAGACCCCCCGCGCCCGCAGAGCAUAAUACUCUAUGUCACCAUGGAACCAUGCGGCAAGCGGUUAUCGGGGAAUAAUCCCUGCGCGGCACGGAUUAUCCAGACGCGGACGCCCUCGCGGCAGAAUACAGGGCCUAGUGCGGGCGGCACUAGACGUGGUAUUGACAAGGUGUACUUUGGCGUUAAGGAACCUGGGACGUUUGUGGGUGGUUCGGUUGGGUGUAGGAUGUUGACGGAAGCCGGGGUGGAGUGGGAGGUUGUUGGGGGGUUGGAGAAGGAGAUUUUGAAGGUGGCGAUGGAGGGGCAUGAGGAACGGAAGGGAAAGGGUGGUGGGGAUGAGGUGCGAGGGACGAAUAUUGAUGAUAUUUCCGAGGAGGAGAGGAGGAGGCAGGAUGCUAUGCCGCGGAAUCCGUUGAAGAGGAUGAUGGAGGCGGAUAUUUAG